AUGAAUCUGGAGCACAUCGAUGAAAGUGUCAGAUAUGCCAAAGGAAAUAGUCCUCUGACCACAAGGUCUCUACAACUGGACAGGCUUAAGAGGACAAUAAAGCACCCAUGUGCUGAUUCAGAUUCAAGUCCUGAUGAUUCUGAGCAAACCCCAGCCCUCCUGUCCAGCAAACUCCAGCCAUGUCCUGAGCAGGAGCUUUGGGAUUGGGCUCCAAACCUGACGGAGACACACCCAUCUGCCCAACAAUCCAGGAAACGGGUCACAGCGAAAAGUGGAAAAGCUAAGAAGAUGUUUGGCUGGGGAGAUUUCCAGUGCACCGUGAAGUCCACAAGCCUCAACCUGCUCAUCACUGGCAAGAUCGUGGAUCACGGCAAUGGAACGUUCAGCGUUUAUUUCCGAUACAACACCACCGGAGGUGGAAACGUCUCCGUAGGGCUGGUUCCUCCAAGCAAAGUGGUGGAAUUUGAUGCAACGACUCAACAAACCGUCCUGCACUCAGUGGAGUCGAGGAUGUUUAACUGCAGGGUUGAGCAUGAGAGGGUGGAGAGAGGUACUAAAAGCACACGCUGCUGGUACGACCCGUCUCAUAGCUGUGACCAGGACCAAACUCACAGCCAUGUCUCUUGGCUCUGCUCAAAACCAUUCAAAGUCAUCUGUGUCUACAUAUACUUCUGUAGCUUGGACUACAAACUGGUGCAGAAAGUCUGUCCAGACUAUAACUACCACAGCGAGUCUCCGUACUUACCUUAUGGAUGAUCAUUUUGUCUCAUAAUGAAAGAGAAACUGAUACAUGUGUUUAUUCUAAAAUAAUUUGGCAGGUUUCCAUUUUGAACUGGUAUAGGGAAAGAUUACUAUUUGAACAUUUUGUCAAGAUUCACCUAAGUAAACAUGUUCUGAUUUGGACAUAUAUGCUAUAGUAAUAAUAUGUAUAUCUUUGGAUUGUGGUUGGCUUGAGUGUUACAUGCGUAUGUACACAAAAUGCACAAAAUUUCUCUCAAAUAUUUGCUCACAAAUCUUAAUCUGUGUUAGCGAGCACUUCUCCUUUGCUGAGAUAAUACAUCCACCUCACAUAUCAAUAUGCUGAUUGGAUAGCAUGAUUAUUGGACAUCUGCCUUAGGCUGGCCAUAAUAA